UUUUAAUUAAGAUUUCUUUGAUUUUAACCAAAUCAUGAACAUAGGUCAAUGAAUGGUAGAAGUUUGAAUACAUUAGUUAAAUCCAAGUUGUGUGAAUUUGAAUUAAACUUAAGUCACAAAUUCAAAUCAAAUUAUUUUUUAUUUGAGACGAAUUUGAAUAAUCUUUUGUUUUGAUUCAACAAUCUCAAAUUGAAUUUAGGCCCAAUUAUUUUUUUAUUCAAACCUAAUUCUGGUUGUAUCCACACAUAGUUUUCUUUCACCUUAUUUAAUAUUUGAUAAAACUAAGAGUUUUUUCUUGUAAGACAUCAAUUUCACAAAAAAAAAAAGAAAAUUAUGUUUGUUGAUCGAAUAUUGUUUCAUGAGUAAUAUUAAUACCCAUUCACACACAUGUUAAUUAAAGAUUUAAUCGUGUACCCUAGGCUGGAGAGCGCUCUCUGUCUCACUCACUCUUUGCAAGGCCCGUUGCUCCUAUUUUUUGUUCUCCUUACAACCAUUUCCAUCCAAAUGUGCUUCAUCUUCUUAGCAUUUUUAAGCUUUUGCUGCAGGUGUUAUGGAGAGUGACAAUGAACUAACCCUCACUAAUCCAAGUUAUUAUUGAACAGAAGUCAGAUGUAUAAACAAUAUUGGGAAAUCUCGUGUUCCUGCAGAUUCUCGUCAUUUUGUUUUCUUUUGCAUUUCUUCUCAGCCAUUUAUUUCUUUUCUCGAAAUGCAUAUGGAAAACCCAUAAACCAAAAUUUUCUGUGGAAGCAUUUGUUCUUUUUCUCAAACGGGGUAUGGAAUCAUUUAUUUAAGUUUGGCACACCUAAGAAAAGAAAGCAAUUUUAAAAAAAUAUAAUGACAGCUUUAAAACUUUGUUGCUAUAAACACUAGUUUCUGUCAUGGUUUUUCUGCAGAAACAGCUGGAACCAAGUUAUUGUAAAUGUCUUGUUCCAUUUGUCUUUCAAGUCGUUCAAGAGUUUUAUAUUACACGAGUGAAACGAUUUUUCUUUGCACUCAAAGUUUGCUUGGUUUCAUUCGCUCUUUCUCUGAACCCAGAUGGAAAUAAUUUCAGAUAGUAUUGUUGGAACAAUUGUUCUUGGAAUGGGAGGAGUUGGCAAGAUUACAGAGAAACAUCUUCCUGAACCGCACCCUGCCUAUGUUAAAGCAGAAAGGAUCAAGAAAGCCAGAAAUUUUCAACUUCUCCUCACUGCUGCAAAUGUUUCUGAUCAUAGUGACCUGCAAGAUGAUGCUGCUGCUGCCGUUUUAAGUGUUGCAGAGGUCACCGGAAGCAAUGUAGUCUUAGUUGCAGAAGAUAAGCUCAUGAGAAUACUACUAUUUCAAGUGUUUCCCAUGAAGGGAAGACAGUGGGAACUGAUGGUUGUGGAUGUAUAGGCUAUCCAGUAGUGCUAUUAAGCUUUAAAGCUUUCAUUCUGAAGCAGAUAUAACUGUGAAAUUGAAUAGCCAGUGUUGAAAA